UGCACACUUCCCUCUGUUUUGAGUUCAGUCAGCAACUUGUGCUGCCACAGCAGACGCCUGACAAUGACAAACUCACAGUUCAAAACAUGGAAGUUUCUAAAGAUAAUUUCUAGCAGUUUGCUAAUUCUAGUGUUGCUGCUAUUCACCGCAGCAACCAUCAGGACUCUGUCUCUGGACGUAAACGUCGGACUCCAGCUCGCACACUGGGAGAAGUCGAACAACAUCUCUCUGGUGAUUGACCAGCAUCAAAGAGAGGAGCUUCUAGCCAACUUUAAAGAGGCAGUGAGAAUCCCCACGGUGUCAUUCUCGGAGACGGAGAGCAACACCACGGCGCUGCGUCAGUUUGACACUUUCCUCCGUAAAGCCUUCCCCGCAGUUUUCUCUUCAAGCCUGGUUCAUCAUGAGCUCGUGGCUAAUUACAGCCACCUGUUCCGGGUGCAGGGCUCUCAGCCUGACUUGGUGCCGUACCUGCUGCUGGCCCACAUUGAUGUAGUACCUGCCAAGGAGUCAGAUGGCUGGGAGGCCCCUCCCUUUUCUGCCGAAGAGAUAGAUGACUUCAUCUAUGGUAGAGGGACCAUAGAUGAUAAGUGUGCUUUAAUGGGAAUACUUCAAGCGUUGGAGUACUUGCUGAUUAGAGGCUACGCUCCACGCAGGGGUUUUUACAUCGGUUUGGGUCAUGAUGAAGAAGCCAGAGGUUUCAAUGGGGCGAUGAACAUUGUGCGCCUGAUGAAGGAACGUGGCGUGAAGCUGUCGUUUGUCCUGGACGAAGGCCUGGCUGUACUUGACGGAGUCAUCAGUGGACUCAAUGGACCUGCAGCUCUAAUUGGGGUUAGUGAGAAGGGCUCAGCCAAUGUGAAGCUUAGUGUGUCUAUGGCGCCUGGUCACUCCUCGAUGCCUCCCAGGGAGUCCAGCAUUGGGAUCCUAGCUGCAGCAGUAAAAAGGCUUGAAGAGAAUCCCAUGCCCAGGUUAUUUGGUCUUGGUCCCGAACGUGAAACCUUUGAACAUCUGGCCCACAAGUUUGGGCUUCCUCUGAAGUUCAUAAUGUCCAAUUUAUGGCUCUUCUCUCCCCUUCUUGGCAGAGUACUGGAAAGAAAGCCAGACACUAAUGCUUUUGUAAGGACUACCACAGCAGUGACCAUGUUCAAUGCAGGAGUUAAGGUCAACAUCAUUCCCGCCCUUGCUGAAGCUUAUGUGAAUCUGCGAAUCCACUCUGCACAUUCAUUACAAGAGGUCUUAGACUUCAUCCAGGAUACUGUGGGCGACCAGCGAGUGAAAAUAGAGCUUAUUGAUGGAUUUGACCCGCUCCCUGUCAGCUCUUCUGACGAGCAGUCAUUUGGUUUUCAGAUCAUCAAGAAAACUGUGUUGGACAUGUUUCCUACACUUACGGUCGCUCCAGGUAUUUGUAUUGGGAACACAGACAGCCGACAUUUCAAAGACCUGACCAGGGAUAUUUAGCGUCUUGCUCCUGUCUGUUUCAAACCAGGUGAUGCUCAAAGGUUCCAUGGGAUAAACGAAAGGAUUUCCAAAAAGAACUAUGAGGAGCUUGUUGUGUUUUAUUUUAACCUCAUGCAAAACUGUGACAUUCAGAAGCUUCCUGAGCCGCACACUUCUGUUCAUGAACUCUAAGGAUCUGUUUGGUUGUCUUGAUGUGCUCUGAGUUUAUAAUGCUAGACAAUGAUUCUGUAUUAAAUAGAACUGGGUUAACUUGAAUGAAAAGGUUGAAAAAAAAAAAAAAAUCAUUACCUAUUUUUCCGAGUUGAGUCCAAUGGAUUCAGGUGCUCUGGAUGGGCCCAUGGAUGGACUUUGUCCGUUGUUGAUGAAUUUCAAAAGCAAGGUUUGCAAUUUUUUUUAUUGUUUUUGGAAAAGAGGUGCAAUUUAAUAAUGGGUAUUUGCUGCUGCAAACUAAUUAUGAUAUUAGUAUUAGAUAAAGAUUAUAUGCUAUAAAUUAUUAACUUGAUUUAGCCAAAGUUGGUGCUCGUGUGAUUGACUUGAAGACCUAGUUGCUGUUAAUACUGUGAUAAUUGACAGGGAUUGUGUUAUGCACUGAGAUGACACAAAUGUGUCCACGGAUCUAUUAACAUGCUUAUGUUAUUUUCCAAAUAUGUAACAACAAACUGUUAAAAAGGCAUAGAAUUGUCAAUGUCUCUUUGAAACAAAAAUUGAUUUGCAAAUGUGGGUUCUUUUGCACCCUCUGUAGCAUUUAACAGAUGUUGCUGAAAAUAAGGCAGGCAAUGCUUAUUUACAUACA